AUGGAUGGUCAAAACUAUUACAGUGGUGUGAGUGGAGGCAGUGUAGGUAGCAAUGCUUAUCGAAAUUGGAUAAAACCGAGUAAUUCUCCAUCAGAACUAGCACCAUCAUUAACACAACCGCAGCAGCAGCGAAUUUACUAUCCAAUUAGUGUUGGCAAUGAUAUCAAAAAUAGUGCUAGUAAGAUCAGCGGUUGUAGUAAUAUGGGAUAUCAUCAAGAUUAUCAUCAUCUAAAUCAGCAGCAGUAUCUUAGCACAGAUAUCUAUCCUUUUAACUAUUACGGUUAUAACAAUUUUCUACCAAAGCAGCAGCAGUCAUCGGUUCCAUAUACUUCACCAGGUGUAAAACGUUCAUUUAGUGGUAGUGGUACCUUUCCAAAAAAAAAUUAUUACGAAUUUCCUCCAAAGAAAAGACAAAAACGUUACAACACAGUUGGCAAGACUGCAGCAAUGAUUCUAAACGAAUUGUACCCCGAUUUCAAAGACUAUUGUACUUACAAGACGGUAUAUAUUGAUUUUGACAUUAUAUUACGAGGAAAAACAUACUCAGCAGAGGGUUCAAAUAAGAAAGCUGCAAAACAACUUGCAUGUGAAUCAGCUUUAAAACAAUUACGACCUGACAUCAGAUUAGAUAAUCCAACAUCAGAAGAGAAGAAGACUGUGAAUUAUACUCAACAUACAAAAAAGUUGGAGUCUUAUUUUACAAAUUUUCAGGAAAACAUAAGAAAAGAGUAUAUCACUUGCAAUUCUCUUCACGACUUUUUUGCACGACUAUGUAGAGAUAAGGAACGAAUGAGCGGUGUUAAGUUUUCACCACAAUUUACUUUCACUGAAUUGACUCCUGGGGCUGAUUGCAAAACUCCAAGAAAAUUCAGGUGCGUAUUGUCUUUGCCUGAUCAGCGAAAAAGUUUCUCUUAUGAAGGCUAUGGAAAAUCUCCGACCAAAAAUGCCGUUAUUCGUAAAGCAUUGGUUGAUCUUUUUGACGUACCACAAGAAGAACUGAAAACGGUGGAACGUCGAACCAUGAAUUUAAAACCUGGAAAACCAAUGCAGGUUUUGACACAAGCGCUCAGUUUCUACGAUCGAACCAUGGAAGUGGAUGUGGUCACUGUUGACGGAAAACCCGUCCAAGGAAAUAGUCGAUUCCUAUGCCGUAUUACGCUCGACAAUAAUAAAACUAUUGUUGGUCCGGCUCACGAUACAAAGCAAAAAGCUAAAGAUUCUGCAUGCGAAAAGGUAUUGAAAGAGGAGCUGGAAAUAACUUGGCCGUUAGAAGAUGAAAGAUUAAAACGAAUUACAGAGAUUCUUUCUGCACCAUAUGCUUUGCAUCAGCUGAUGCUGAAACAAGACCGGAAAAAAAAACCAGAUAUAGUCUAUGAUGGACCGAAAAAUAUCAACGGACCAACAGAACCACCAUUAUUUAAAUGUAUCUUAGUAGUAAAUGGAACUGACAGAUUUGAAGGUACUGGACAAUCCAAGAAAACCGCCAAAAAUGCUGCAGCUGAGCAAGCUUUAAUGAAGUUGUUCAGGUUCAAUUUAUAUGCUGAAAAUGCAGUUGAGAUCCUAUCAUUGAAAGGGUCGAAAAACGAUGAAGAUCUGAAUUUUUGUUCUGAUAUAUGCUCUUUUGUUCGAAGAGAAUAUGAGACAUUAUGUCAUCAUCAAGCUUGUCCUAUAACUAGCUUUGUGUCAGGUUUCGUUUUAAUCACACCGAAUAAAGAAAAGCAGCUGGUUGCUUUUGGGACAGGACGUAAUGCUGUUAUUGGUGGCCAAGUUUUGAGGAAUGCACAAGGCAACGUCCUCAUUCAUAUGCAAAGCACUGUCUUAGCUCGUCGUGCACUACUCUUAUAUUUAUUCGGUCAGAUAAGGAACCACAAAACAAAAAAUAGUGUUGUUGAGCGUUGUCCAGCGUCAAAUAAAUUUCGUCUCAAGUGCGGCUACGAAAUUGUUCUUUACAUAUCAUUCCCCCCAAAUUUGCUCACUAAUGGUGAUGUGCAAAAAUUGUCGUGCUAUAUGGGAGGAGGUGGGUUGCAAACCCCACCGGAAAGCCGACAGACAUUUCAUGAGCUGGCAACUUCCGGACAUGUUUAUGUGAUGAGCUUAGCAGAUAAGAUGUUGAAAUGGAAUUGGCUUGGGCUACAAGGAGCCCUUCUCUCACAUCUUCUGGAACCCAUUUUCAUAAAAUAUCUUUGUAUUGGAACUCCGUGUAAUGAUGCAGCGGUCAUGCAAGCAGUGUUACUUCGAUUUGGUGUUAUGCCCAAAAAUGAAGUGAAAGUUAAAUCUUGUCAAACAAGUCUAGCGGGUCAUAAUGAAAUAUAUCAUAAUUGGGUUUCUGGAAUUGGAAGCAUUGAACGUUUGGAUCCAUUCACGGGUCGAACAGUAACCGGUUCACCAUCACGCCUGUGCAAAUCGGAAAUGUUUGAAAGUUGGGCUCAAGUUAUGGCAAUGGUUAACACUAGUGGGAGCAAACCAUUCUGGAAUUUUCUGGAAGCAAAACAAAACGAAGGAGUCUAUCAGCAAGCAUUGCAAACAUUCCAUAUGCGACUUUAUGAAAUUGGUUUGGGCAACUGGCAACGGAAAGAUUCACAAGUCGAUGGUUUUCAGUUGGCUUCUUUUGAUCAGUAA